AUGUCCAAUGCGACGCAUGUAAGUAGAAACCUGAUAGAUGAUUUACAACUUCUGAAUACAUCAGCAUAUAUUAUAACAAUAAUAAUUGGUGUUUGUGGUAACAUAUGGGUUGCAUGGAAGGUAGGGAUAGUGCUCAUGUUCGAUCGCACUUAUACAGUUCCCAGACAGAUUAUGUAUUGUAUUUUAUUUAUUUGUGUUGCUGAUUUAUUAGUACUUGUUGAUUUAAUAUUACUGGUUCAUUUUCGAUUAGUUGAUCAAUGGCUGUUUGGAGGUGUUGUUUGUAAGAUCUUCUAUGGCAUUGAAGUUGUAAAUAAGUUUGUUAUCCCUUUGGGUUUAGUUCAAAUAAGUCGUGUCUCAUACAGAGCAGUACUCUUGCAUAGCUCAAAGAAGCAUAUGAUGAAUUGUUAUCAUCGAACAGCUUGUGUCAUAGCAUUAGCAUCUAUUUUUGUAUUAAUGGUUUUUGUUUCUUUCUUCGCUGAAACAAACACUUAUAAAUUAUCUCGGAAAGGUUCUAGCAUUCAUAUUACAGUCUGCAAUUUCAACCCACCUCAAUAUUAUCAAGCAGUUUUUAAUUUAUUAGCUUUCGUCGUUGGAUAUAUAAUGACUAGUGCAUCAUAUGUCUAUUUCUAUUUGAAUGUACCAAUUAUUUUGAGAAGACGAUAUUCUACUAUUCAAACGAAUCAAGCCUGUACGCGAUUAAACGAUCAUUCACUGACCAGAGUUCGUCGAACAGUAACAGCUUUCGUAGUAGUUUAUCUAGCUUGCUGGACACCAUACUGGACACUGUUUUGGUUUCUCUCCUUUGUUAAUAUAGUCAAUCGGUGGAUCGUGAUAAUUUCAACUUUCACUCAUUUACUGCCAUAUGUUUCUUGUACGGCAUAUCCAAUCAUCUUAACAGCGAUGAACAAAUCGAUCAGACGAGCACAUUCGAACAUCAUAGACAACAAGAAGAAACAAUUUCUAACAAUAAGACAGGGAGCACUUCAGGCUAUGUCCGCUCAUAUGGGAAUGGUCCACUCGUGGAUGAAAGACGAUCAGCAAACCGAGAAAUCAUCACGAGCAGAAACUGUCAUAGAAAUGAGUGGUGUCCUUCUUUGA